AUUUACUUUAGCCAAGUCAAAUGAAUUGUCGACAGCGGGCACUUCAGCAGCAGACGGUAAAUUUUCUCCUAAGCAUCAUUCUUCUCCUAAAACCAAAUCGAAUCCAGAGAAAGGAAAAAUGAAAGAAUUGGGACUUCCAGGAUCUGGGGUAUUUAUACCUGAAGCACAAUUUAAUGUAGCCGAAAGGGCCCAAUCUGCGACCGCUAUGGCGACUUCUCUUUUGAUGUCGAUUUUCCCUCGAAGUGUCAUUGCUAAUAGCAACUUGAGAGGUGGAAAAUCUAAGACAAAGAAUUCUACUGUCCAGCAUAGCGCUCUUGAUUCUGACAAAAUAACGGCGAUACAUGAUGCUGUAAAAAAACGUUUUAAGCAUAGGUACAAUGAGAGUGAAGUAAACCGUGCGAUAAACGUUAAGUGUAGUAGAGUCAGAAGUGAGGAGAAAGAAGCAAAGGCUCAAGAAGGAGUUAAAAAACCAAAACUAGAUGGAAAAUCCGACGUCAAGCCGUAGUGCUUGAAGUCUUACGUCA